AUGGUCGCCAUCACAGAUGAUAUUUUUGCCCCUCAACUUGCUAUUCUGCAAGACCUGUUCAGCGACAGUGUAUCUGCAGAGCAAGCCGCUGAAUAUUUGGCCUCAAUCUCAUUGGAAGAUGAGUCAGAUCCCGAGGGGGGAAUCACCAGCCUAUGGAACUUGGUUUUCAAGUGCGCCUACAAGUACCCCGAGCACCAUGAUAAACUCGUCAAUGUGCUAGUCCAACUGUCAAACCUACCAGACGCGAAAACAUCAAAUGGAGAACCCAUCUUGCUCUACGAUAUGCAAGUUUGGAAAGACCUACCGAUGUUUGGCUGGCAAUUCCGCGAUGAGUGGAAUGCAAGUGUACCUGCUGGACCUCCCGACGCUCGUCAAAAGGCAAUCUCGCGGAUUAUCAACCGGGAUAAAUUCACCGCACGUUUGAUGGCGACGAAAGAACCUGUCUUUGCCUACUCAUGGUUUGCACUGAUUACCCUGCGCGAUGCACUGGAAACACCAGUAGACCAAUCCUCCGCGGGGAAUCUGGAAGCAUUGAUUCCUGCUGCUGCUGCCUGGAUCAGUAUUCUCGGGGCGGACAUUUAUCAGUGGAAUGAAGGCUUUGAUGGCACCCUUGGCAAAGGAGGUCCGCUCUGGAAAGGUCAACAUGGGUUUUGUAAGGAGAGGUGGCAGUUUUGGAAGGAGAGGUUCGGACAGUUGGCUACAAUAGAAGUGGAGACUGGAGACGAAGUGAGAAUAAUAGCAAGGGACACGGGGCGGAUGAUGGAGGAGAUUGAGAAGUGA